AUGCCUCAAACGAUCUACAAAGCAAUUGCCGUCGCUAUCUCCGAUUAUCUCCGCAGUGGCCUUCCGUCAUCGGUUCCUCAGCGUCUCGGCGGUGGAGUCCACGGGUUACUUACCAACUUCGCAUCCCAUCAGUCUUUUGCCUCAAUCCUUAUAUCUAAGCUAAUCUGGUCCCUCUCAACUACCAUGUGGGGUUUAAGGCUCCGACUCCUGCAAAAGCAGUGGACACCAGCUCGAACUCGAGCUCUUUCAAGCUUCAGAAGUCAUGAAUCACGACGAGGUCCUCGCAAUAGCAUAAAAAGACCAAAUCUCAUACAGUCUUCAAGGAAAAUCGAAACCUCGCCCAAACCUGAACCUGCUGUCUCCGAGUCCCAAGAUACCACAAGUCCCGAUUAUGACCCUUCGCGAAACACUCUGCUUUUUCCCGUUUACUUGCCUGAAGAUCCCAGAGGUGUGCUUAAAGAAAACCACCCGGCAGUUUCAAUAUUGGCGAACUCCGGAAUAGUCGUACAACGAGAACUAGAGAUGAUGAAUGUUAUGAUUGGAUUUGAACAAGCGAAUAAGUAUGUCAUCAUGGAUGCGCAGGGAAAUCACAUUGGAUACAUGGCAGAACAGGACAAGGGAUUGGCAAAUACAAUGGCACGGCAAUGGUUCCACACCCAUCGAAGUUUCGUGACACAUGUAUUUGACCGACAGGAAAAUGAGGUUCUUAGAUUCAAUCGCCCGUUCUCUUGGAUCAACUCCCAAAUUCACGUCUAUGAUCCUCUCGAUCAAACGCCAAAUGCUUCCUCGGCAUCCACCUCUGUUCAAAGUACAACACCCGGUUCUCUCAUUGAACAUGGCACCAGGUCGAGCGCAAGGAUAUCGCCACUUGGUCUCGGUCAAAUGCGAGUUAUCGGCGAAGCCCAGCAGCAGUGGGCGCCUUUGCGGCGAAAGUACAAUCUAUUCACGCAUCACCAGUCCCCAAACCCGGAAACAGACAUGGGAACUCGUGGUAUCUCGCUAUCUGACUCUGGUUUAUCACAAGCACAGCAGAUGCAACUGGCGCGAACGCCCGACCAAAAUCAGGGUAUAUUCAACCAAUUUGCCUACGUUGAUGAGCCGUUUCUAUCAUGGGAUUUCUCCCUGAAAUCAGCAGACGAUCAGUUAAUUGGAUCUGUCAAUCGCGAUUUCGCAGGCUUCGGUCGCGAAAUCUUCACAGACACCGGUGUCUAUGCAAUGCAAAUGGAUUCUGCAGCUCUCGGCACAGAGACAUCACGCAACAAAAAUUUAGGCAUGACCCUCGACCAACGUGCUGUUAUGUUGGCCACAGCUGUAAGUAUUGAUUUUGAUUACUUCAGCCGUCAACGAGGUGGCCUUGGUAUAUUCCCGCCCGUGUUCCAUAUGGGCGGCCAGGCUCCCGCUGGCGGUGCAGCUGCAGAAGGUGCUGCUGCCGGUGAAGCUGGGGCUGUUGGUGGAGCCACUGCAGGGACUCUUGAGCGGGUUGGGACCGCUGGUGGUGCGCCAAAUGGUAUGGUCUCUGGUGCUACCACCGCAGGUGCAAUGGCUGGGUAUGAAGCAAUGCAGAGGGGGGCCAGCACAACCGACCCCAAUGCACCACCAUCGGAACCGGUAGACCCGGGAUCACAAGGCUUCCAGGAUCAACCUCAAGACCCUUGGGGUGCAGAUGAUCCUUGGGGUGACGGAGGUGACAUUGGUGAUGGGGGUGACGGUGAUUAUUUUGACUGGUGA